GCGUGUGGGUGUCGGACGCUCGGACGUCACCCACCCAUCCACCAAGCGGAUCCCUCCCUCUCCGUUAUUCCCUCACUCCUCCCCCCCGGCCUGCUGCUCGCCUGCCCGACCGCACGCACUCCUUUUUCUCGCUUGCCCCCGGCCAGCCUUCGCCUCUGCUCGGCCACUCGCACCCAGACGGAACCCACCGACUCCUCGGGACACAGGGGAGAGCAGAAAGAAAAUGCCGGGAGGGGAAACAACACAACUGGAUAACUGAGAGGAACGACAAGCGGGCGCAUUGCAGCAUCUCGCUCCUCCACCCCGCGUCAAGAUCUUCAAUUGUUGUUUUUAACGGCCUCUUGACAACAUUCUGACCCGAAAAGAGAGUUUGAACUCGCAUGCGGGAGAAGAUGUAAAGAGCCCGCGUGUGCUAAGCUUGAGCUGGACACGUUAAUUCAACGGCACCGUUAGCUCAUCUCUGUGGAGACCACACUUUCGCUCUUAUUUUUUCAUUUAUUUAUUUUUUUGCCAAAUCAAAUUCCACACUUCCCCACGGGCAGAAAGGCGACGAGAAAAACAACAAGAUGCUGUCCGAGCUGAACGCCUGGUUCUGGCAGGAGCGGCUGUGGUUUCCGGAAGGCCUGGGCUGGGCCGACCUGGAGGAUCGGGACGGACGAGUGUAUGCCAAAGCGACGGAUCUCUGGAUGGCCCUCCCCAUUGCCCUCUUAUUCCUAAUCGUCCGUCAGGUGUUUGAAAGGACGGUGGCGACGCCUUUGGCCUCUGUACUCGGGGUAAAAGAAACAGUACGUCUCAGGGUGCCUCACAACCCCACACUGGAGUCUUACUACUGUAAAGUUACCAAAAACCCCACACAGAUUUCAGUAGUGAGUCUUUGCAAGCAGACUGGCUGCUCACAAAGACAAGUACAGCGAUGGUUUAGAAGAAGGCGAAAUCUGGACAGACCCAGUUUGCUGAAAAAGUUUCGAGAGGCCAGUUGGAGAUUUACCUUUUACCUUCUUGCUUUCAUUGCUGGCCUGGUCGCCCUCAUCGACAAACCUUGGCUGUAUGAUGUGCAGGAGAUGUGGCAAGGCUUUCCUGUGCUGACUCUGCUACCAUCUCAGUAUUGGUACUACAUGAUAGAACUGGGUUUCUACGCUUCCCUGCUCUUCAGUGUGGCCUCUGAUGUCAAACGCAAAGACUUCAAGGAGCAGAUUGUCCACCAUGUUGCAACCAUCCUCCUCAUCAGCUUCUCGUGGUGCGUCAACUACAUCCGUGCUGGAACGCUCAUCAUGCUAGUGCACGACUCCUCUGAUUACCUCCUUGAGUCUGCCAAAAUGUUCAACUAUGCUGGCUGGCGAAAUACAUGCAACUACAUCUUCAUCGUAUUCGCCGCAAUCUUCAUCGUCACUCGCCUCGUCAUUUUUCCCUUCCGGAUUAUCUACUGCACAUGGGUGUACCCUGUGACCAUCUACGAGCCCUUCUUUGGCUACUACUUCUUCAACGGUCUUUUGAUGGUGCUACAGUGUCUUCACAUCUUCUGGGCCAUUCUCAUCAUACGCAUAGCUGUCCGCUUCCUCACCCACAAUGAAAAAGUGGAUGACGAAAGAAGCGACAAAGAUGAGACCGACGAGUCUGAUGAGGAGGAAGAGGAGGACAUUCAAAGGGUCACAAAUAAAAACGGGCCUCUGCAGAACGGCCACGCGGUGCACAACAACAACCACAGGAAGGUGGAAUGACAGGAAGGACGUGUGCAGCACAAGGACUCAUAUCCCCUGGCAGGACCAGCAACAGCAGCGGGAGGAACGGAGUGACAAAGAGGGAGAUGCAAAUUUGACACUGUUACCACACCACACACACCUUCAUUUGUACAAACCCUAAAGAACACUACAGGAAGUGGCAUGGAUUAUUUUUGCUUUGUCAUAAAGUCCCCAUGCCGGUGACAUUGGCCCACACGCGUUGUCACUCAAGACGGGGAAGAAACUGGCGAGAAGAGAGGAGGGAAGUAAUGAUGAAACGUCUGCCAUAGCGUCCCUCGCUCUAAUUGUGUGCCUUAGAGCCAGAUAACGGCUUCUUUAAAAAAAAAAAAAAAAUGCCAUUUCAAAACGCGACGCUUUAAUUGUGUUUUUGCUUUGACUUAAAGAACAAAUCGAGCAUCCCUGUUUUUUGAAAGGAGAAGAGGGGGCAUUUAUUUUCCAAAAUUGUGUCUAUGCAACGAGCUAUUGCAAUGCCUUUGCACAACCCUACACUUCCUUUUAUUUCUAUGUCUUUUUAUUGGAUCUUAGCAGUUCAACUGUGUGCCUCACACUUUCAAUGUAGCUUGUGCCAUUUGUAAAGGGGACUUGAAUUCACUUCCAAUUCCAUAAACAAACUACAAGAAAAUAUUGGUAAAGAAGAGCGUAUUUCUUCAAAUAGUGGCUAUCCCUCAAAUAGACCAUGUUCUCCAGUUACUCGCCAGGUGCCUCAUUCACUUAGGACAACCCUCCCUCAAAUAGACACCCUAACCCAAUUAGUUGAUGGGUGCAUCAACCACUUAUGUCUCACUCAAAUAUACGCCAUUCCUCAGUUAGUUGCCGGGUGUGUCAUCCACUCAUAACAAAUGCCUCGCUCAAAUAGACGUUCCCUAAUUAGUCGCCAAGUAGGGCUAUGUCAUCCACCUAUUAGAAAUACCUCCCACAAAUACUGUAGAUGCCCUGCCCUUAUUUGUCAAAGCGUGUAUCAGCCACUAAUGACAAAUAAAUGCCUCCCUCAAAUUGAUGCCGUUCCCCAAUUAAUUGCUGGGCGUGUCAAUAGCAGCGAGACAAGCGGCCACCAUCUUUGUGGUAUUUUCUUAAAACAUGGAAUGAGCACUUCAAACAUAUCUAAAAUACUCCAUAACAAAUCCAUCCAUUGUCUAUACGCCUUAUCCUAUAUAGUCACACUCACAUUCACUUCUACGGGCAAUUUAGAGUCUUCAAAUAACCGACCAUGCAUGUUUUUGGGAUGUGGGUGUAAACCAGAAGUACCCGGAGAAAACCCACGCAGGCACAGGGAGAACAUGCAAACUCCACACAGGCGACACCAGAUUUGAACCCGGUCCUCAGAACUGUGAGACAGAUGUGCUAACCAGUCAUGCCGCCUCCCAUAACAAAUAUUGACAAAAAACAAUGUAUUACUAAAAUACAUGACCUAUUCUACUGCCCGCACUGCUCUUCUCAAAAAAUGUCUAUUUGCGCUAUUUAAGUCGAGUAUUUAGGGGCAAGUGACACUCUUUGAAUCGUCAUGGUCAUUUUGACGCGUUGGAGAACCUCUGGGAAUUUCAUACCGUACAAACUUAUCAGCGGAUGUAUUUAACUGAAACUUGUCAACCAAACGGUUUCCGAGUGGCAGACAAAAGGAAAGUGUUGAGGAGGUAUGUACAGAAAUAUCAAAUGAAUGUUUUACCCUAAUUUGAAGGUGUUUUUUUAACCUGACCUUUAUACAGGCGAUAACACACAAAAACAAGUCCCCCCACCCACACACAUACACUCGCUCGACCGGUAGUGGCAGUCUACAGCUUGAAGCCUCUUUUUUGAAGAAUAUUUACUCAUUAUAUCAGCCAAAGUUGUCACGAUACAAUUGUAUCAAUUUUGACUUGACCCAGAAGCAGGCAGAGGCUGAAGAAGUUUGUGGCAAAUGGUUUAUUGAGCUUGGAUUCGGAGUUGGAACUCUGAGGCGUAAUGGCGGACCGUCGAGACGGGGGAUGUGCGGGAGGCGGAAGCGUGAGCAGGUGGAAGGGCUUGACGGCCUGGUUGGAGAGCUCAGCAAGGCGAGGAGCACUGAUGACGAGGAAGAACAUGGAGGUCAGAACAAUUGCGAGAAAUGGCGUAGCUUACGUGCGAGUAGAGAGCCGGUGUACCACAGGUGAACAUUCAUACUCUGGCAGUGGAGUCCUGGAUCUGGCAGGCUUAAAUGCGGGCAAUGACGAAGGCUGAUUGACAACAGGUGCUCAGCUGAGGUGGUGCUGAUUACUGGGAAGAAAGAGAGAGAGUGCGAGACGGGCGCAAAGCACCACCCAAACUCCAACAAAGGAACUGCAGGGCACAGCUCAUGACAUAGGUGCCGCUUUUUGUCAGGUUUGUGGAGCCUCCUGCCGCCACACAGCACUCGUUUCUCAAGUUUGGGCUCGCAAGUCAAAACAAAAAAUCGGCCAAUCGACAGCACAUAUCUCGAAAAAAUUGGGUGACUCAUAUCCUGAGGCACCACUGUAUUUUUUUCCAUGUAGUGUAUAAUAUAAUAACAGUCCCUCCAGGAUUGCACAGGCUUUGCGGCCUAAAAUUCAGUGACAUCUCUCGCACCCUUCAUCCACCCCUUGUCUGAUUACAUUACACAUUCAACUAUGUAUUUUAAAGAGAUAUUAUUUGACAAUAUUUACACACAGAAACUCACAAAUAAAUACAAUUGUGCCUUGAUUUAUGGGUAACUUCCGAGUUUGUCGAGAUAGGAAUUGUCGCUCUGCUGAGUUUUGCUUUGACUUGCGAGCAAAUUCAUUUUAUUUAUUUAAUCUUCAUUUUUUAUGUAUUAACAUGAACACUACAUGGUUGUUGCAAAUCAAUUCACAGCAAGUUGCAAUCCAUUUUCCAUACCACUUAUCCUCACUAGGGUCCCGGGCGUGCUCGAGCCUAUCCCAGCUGACUCUGGGCGAAAGGCGUGGUACACCCUAAACUGGUCGCCAGCCGAUCGCAGGCUGCAUAUAAACAAACAACCAUUCGCACUCAUAUUGAUACCUACAGGCAAUUUAGAGUCUCCAAUUAACUUACCGUGCAUGUUUUUGGGGAGUGGGAGGAAACCGGAGUACCCGGAGAAAACCCAUGCCGACACGGGGAGAACAUGCAAACUCCACACAGGCAAGACCGGAUUUGAACCCGAUUCCUGUGCUAACCACCGUUCCGCCUCCCAUAAUAAAUAUUGACUAAGAAAACAAUUUAUUACUCAAAUACAUGACCUAUUCUACUGUCCGCACUGCUCUUCUCACAGAUGUUCCAUUUGCGCUAUUUAAGUCGAGUAUUUAGGGCAAGUGACACUGUUUGAAACGGCAUGGUCAUUUUGACGUGUUGACUUGGAGAACCUCUCGGAAUUUCGCCCCAUACAAGCUUAUUGAUGGAUAUUUUUAACUGAAACUUGUCAGCCAAGCGGUUUCCGAGUGGCAGACAAAAUGAAAGUGUUGAGGAGGUAUGUACAGAAAUAUAAAAUGAAGAUGUACUGUUUUACCCUAAUUUGAAGGCGUUUUUUUUUAACCUGACCUUUCUAUAGGCGAUAUCACACAAAAACAUUCCCAACACAAAAACCUCAUUUCCUUGGAACCCAUCAUGGUAAUUCUUGGUGCAUUGUACUCAGGUUAAAGUGACCAUCACAACUAUACUCAGCAUUUUGACAGACUCAUUUUGGGGAAAUCUUGUCAUGUUGCUAGUAGUUGUGUAACAAUUCGUAUCACGAUUCUUGGUUACCAAUUCGUUUCAUGGACGAUAUUGUUUUAUUUCUAAAGUUACAAUACAAUUCUGUGGCUUGAAAUCUGUUCAGUAACUUUUUAGCCAAAAAUUCAACAAGUGUGACUGUGAAAUAAAUACCUGCAUACUGACAGUGCAGGUGAAAUUUCCUAGAUUCCUGGUUUUUUUGUUUUUGUUUUUUUUUUUGUAAGGGAAUCAGGUAAAAUUACAGUAAUUAUGGUCAUAAAUACAACACUUUUCCUGAUGUACUUGUAUUGCUUCGCAAUAAAACAAAAGGAAAACAGCAACUUAUUGUUAUAUUAUUUCAGCUAUGAUUUUCGGAUUUGGACAUUUUCUUUCCUCAAAAAAAGAUGUUUAAUUGGUGUUAGAAUUAUGAUGGGGGACUUGGAAAAACGUCUCCAAUGUAAGUGGUCCCCACACCCAAAAAGAUUGGGAAUUCCUGUUGUAAAAUGUCAAAUACC